AUGUCUGACAACUGGGGACCGCUAUGUCCAUUACCAGGCGAUCAGUUCUUCCUUUAUAAGGGAACCGAUGGCUCCAUCUUCUACUGCAAUCCGGGCCAGCCAGAUGCCCCUAUGCAUCUCCUCGUGCCCACCCCUUACCCCUCGGACUAUCGCGUCGGAGUCUGCGUCGCGGUGGAUGUACUGGGCACGCAAGGCAUCGACGGGGCCCCAACCUUGCCCUCUGACUGGUCUUUCGAACAUCGCUUCUUCCCUCCAGUUUUCCGGCUCGCAGUUUGUCGCUAUGCCCGGGGAACCGGAACUAUUGAGAUUUGGGAGAUAAGGGCAGAGGUGGAGGGAGGGGCCAUUGGUUACUCGUCACGCCUUGUCAAGUCCUUUUCCGACAGUGUUCGGCCGACAUGUUGUUCUUUGCUCGGUGACCAUGUUGCGUACCAAUCACGUUCAGCCAGCGCAACGAGAAUCGUCGACUGGACAGCGGUCACAGACGGAGGGCCUGUCCUGGGCGUCGAUAUAGCACUUUCGUCACCCUUCUACAUCCUUCUGCUCCCCCAUCGAAGAAUCCUCGUGCACUCGUCUUAUAUCUAUAUUGCUGACUGGAAACUAUACGGCCGGUCCGAGUCAUCACCCCCUUCACCUAUACGUCCGCAGUGGCAGUCCACGGAGGAGUUUCGCAAACCCCAUCCCUAUUUCGUCUCAUUUUACAUCAACAACUCCUUUCGACUUAUUUUGUGUAGUCGGGGGCGCCGUUCUCUGACCGGAGUCAUCGUAUCCAAUGACCCGGAUGUAGCGGUUUCGGAUAGUGUCGCCUUUGCGCAGCUUGCAGAUUGUGUCCCAGAUGCCCACGACGAACUGUGGUUUGAUUACCGCAAGGGAAUCUGUGUUUUUAACUAUGCGCAACGCGCCCACCUCCUCUGCUACAAGUGGCCAGGUGACAGCCUCCCGGAACCAUCGUUCUCCGAAAUUGCGUUCCCUGAGGGCACAUAUACUAUCUAUCUCGACAAAGCUCAUGCACGCUCGCGAGUGGUCAUGUUCCUCUACAAGCGACCCUGUAAGACUGCAUUCUUUGGAUAAAUUACCGGUAGCUUAGAUAGUACAUCGGACAUAA